AUGAGGCCACCGACGGCUGGUUCGGCCAGCAGGAAGUUUCUGCUCGGCAGCAUCGUAUUCCUUUUAUGGAUAAAAUUACCCGAGCAGCCGGUGAGCGCCUCGGUGGAGACGGAAAUUAUGGAAAAAUGGGCCGACAACUUUGGAGAAGAGCUGUGGGAUUUGGCACAGACCAUGACCAAGGCGAUGGAAAUUACAGCGAAAUAUAAAGCCUACAACGCCCGCGUCGAGCACAAGGACGGAACGGCACUGAUCCAGUCGAUUGUGGAAAACGUCGGUCGCAUGUUCAUCCGCAAGAUGGACGCCAUCAAGUGUAUUAUCAAUCUGGCCGAGGAACUCUCGGAGCAGUUCGAGUACAACGAGACGAUGGCCAACAGCUUCUCGUACUACUCCAGCAAGUACUCGAAUAUCGACGGCCGACCCGAGCCGGAAAUACCGGAAACGUUGCUCGAGAACGACUGGAUGUACCGGAAUAUGUCGCUCAACCCGGAUACCCACUUCUUCAACAUAUCCGUCAACACGUCCUACAGCUCGGUGCACGUCCCGCAGAAUGUGUACGAUCGCUACCCGUGGGUCCUGGAGGCGCUGCAGUGGUCCGAAUCGCUCGACGAUGUGUUCGUGCAGAACUACAACUCCGAUCCGGCCCUGUCGUGGCAGUACUUUGGCUCGUACACCGGCAUGCUGCGUCACUAUCCGGCGCUCGAGUGGAACCGGGAGCACGUGGACACGUUCGACUGCCGGAAGCGCUCGUGGUACAUCGAGACGGCCACCUGCUCGAAGGAUAUCGUCAUCCUGCUGGACAACUCCGGUUCGAUGACGGGCUACCGGAACUACAUCGCACAGCUUACGGUGAAAAGUAUACUCGACACGUUCUCCAACAAUGAUUUUAUAAACAUUUACAAGUACUCGAACGAUGUUGAGCCGUUGAUUCCUUGCUUUGAGGAUAUGUUAGUGCAAGCGACACCGGAGAAUAUGCGAUUCUUCAACGAAUAUGUGCGAGAGCUUCAGCCGGAGGGUUAUGCUAACGUGAAGAAGGCUUUCGUUGCCGCAUUUGAACUUCUACAGAAGUAUCGAGAAAUCCGGCGAUGUAACGAAUCGGUCAGUGGAUGCAAUCAGGCGAUCAUGCUGAUCACCGACGGUGUACCGAGUAACAUCACGGAGGUGUUCGAAAGGUACAACUGGUUCGAGAAUGGUACGAAAAUCCCAGUGCGUGUGUUCACCUACCUGCUCGGUCGCGAGGUGACGAAGGUCCGCGAAAUCCAGUGGAUGGCGUGCCUGAACCGUGGCUACUACUCGCACAUCCAGUCACUCGACGAGGUGCAGGAGGAGGUGCUGAAGUACGUCACGGUCAUCGCCACCCCGUUGGUGCUUCAGGGUGUUGAACAUCCGCCAACUUGGACGCACGCCUUUACUGACACAGCGGAAAAUCUCCUAACGGAAGCGGACGACGAUGAACCACCGCGGCUUAUGAUCGCUGUCGGGGCACCGGCGUUCGAUCGGAAGGCGAACCAUUACAAUGAGACGCGAACGGCUCGACUGCUCGGAGUAGCCGGUACGGACAUUCCGGUGGAGGACCUGGACGAGCUGACGCUCCCGUACAAACUGGGCGUCAACGGGUACUCGUUCAUCGUCAGCAACAACGGGUAUGUGCUGAUGCAUCCCGACCUGCGACCCGUGUCGAACGGACGGCUAAAGGAAAACUACAACAGUAUCGAUCUGACCGAGAUCGAGCAGAUCUACGACGAAAACAUUACCCGCCAGGUUGAGGAUAUGACGGGGCGCGAGAUGAGCCCGUUCAUUCUCGAACUCCGACAGCAUCUGGUCGACUCGAAGUUUGGCAAUAUGACCAAGUUGCCGGUGCGCUUCCAUUACGACAAGAUGAGGCGCGUAUCGUUGGAGUACCAGGACUACUACUACGCACCGCUGGAAAAUACCCCGUUCUCCUUGGGGUUGGUCCUACCGCACGACUACGGCAGCACUUGGAUUAAGGUGGGCGAUGAGAUCAAACGCAAUCAGCAUAUGGGACUCAACAUUUCGGACUUUUUCGUCGGCGAUAAUUGGAAAGUGCACCCGGAGUGGGUGUACUGCAAGUAUCAUUACCUUGAGGGACAUGAGUUUAAGACACCGGAGGAUGAGUUGCGACACUUCCUGAACCGCCUGUACGAACCCACGUGGAAGUGGUCUCAGCAGUAUGAACCGGAGCCGGAAGAUUUUAAGGAUUCCGAUGCACCGAAUUGUGGUCGUAAGACGCUGGACGAUGAUGCGUACUACUGCAACAAGGAGCUUGUUCAAUUGCUGAUCUUCGACGCCAAGGUAACCAACAAUAGCUACCGAAACUGGGAGUUUGAGAACGAGAACGAACGUAAAAUCAUCGAGAUGUACAACGCCACGCUGCGGUUUGUGGCCACCAUGAGUGGGUUGACGCGCUGGCAGUUUAUCUUCGGCGAGGUGGAGGUUGACACGGACAGUGAGUUCGGUGACUACCACAAGAAGGCGAUCGAUGAGACGUGGUACCGCAGUGCCAUCCUCCAGCACAAGAUUGAUCCGAAGAGUUUCGUCUACUCGGUGCCGCACGAGUCCGAUCCACCGGAAGAUGGUGAGCUGAAGGUAACGGCCAGUAUGGCCAUCUUCCCGCGGGACGGAGGCCUCGAGGCACCGGGCUGCGUCACCGGGUUUCAGUUCACUCACUCGCUGAUGUACGAGCGGUUCAUGGAGAUUACGUCGAAGACGACGUGCGAUGGGUGUAUAGAAACGUGUGCCUCCGAAACACGCGACUGUUACGUCAUCGACAACAACGGGUACGUGGUGCUAUCGGAGACAUCCAACCAUACGGGGCGGUUCUUUGGCGAGAUUGAGGGUGCGAUCAUGCAGUCAAUGGUGGAGAAGGAAAUUUUCAACCUGAUCACCGUGUUCGACCUGCAGGGACUGUGCGAGUACGAGCGGGUCAUGGAAAACGAUGCCAUGGCGUUAAUGCAUCCCAUGAAGCUGAUCAUGCUGGGACUCAAGUGGUUGAUUGCAGAAGUUGCAAUGGCAUUGACGCGCUUCGACUUUUGGGUCCAUGGAAUUCCUAGUGCCGACUACUUUGACACUCAUGAGUAUGACGACUACGAUGAUACACACCGCGCGAAGCCGAAAAAGAUACACGUCGACGAAGAGGAGGAAUACUUCAAUCGACCAAAGGAGAUCAAAAAGGAAAUCGUAUACGAGGCGUGCGAUAAAAAGUCCAACCUGUACGUCAUGCAGCAGGACAAGUUCAUCAAAGGCGAUGGAUUCUUCUAUGAACCCCCACCGGCACAGUUGAAUAACCUGCAAUAUCCACCGUACUUUGCGAAACGGGUUCCCCGUUCCAACCUGCUGAUGAUCAUCGUCGAGAACGAGUACCAGGUGGAAAAGGUCGUGCUAUCCGCGGCCCCGGAGGUGAUCUAUCACAACGACACGCAGGGACUGCCGUGCGUGAAAACCAAACUUAACUUCCUGCCCCGUCGACGCUUGGAGGAGUGUUACACCGAUCAUCCAGACGAAGAAGUCGUUGCCCAGUGUGGCUCCGGAUCCCGCCUAACUAUUCAACUGACUGUAGUGAUAUCGACUAUUGUGUCACUGUUGUUAUAUCGAUGUGCCCAAACGGUAGUCCAAUUUUAAGGUAGUAUAGCCGGAAAGCCACCAGUUUUUGUAGUUGUGUUUUUGGGUUGUGUUCUUAUCGGGUUCUUUUUGCUCAAGGCACCCUGAUCUAGAACACACCGUAAACAUGUGUUGCCCUGACCUUUACUCACUAGUAAAAUGUGCACUCCGGAAAACAAUGUAGUUAGAUGGUGGAAAUCGGAGCGGAGUACAUGACGGAUGAAAGCGAAAGAGGUUCAGGAAAAUGCACCUCGCGUUUGUGAUUUUUUAGCACACGGCAAAAGAAGGACUCAGUGGUAAUACUAGCUCGAAGGAGUAGAAAUAUAAACCUUAAGACUACUAACAAAACCGAGCUACUCACCCUCAGAGAAGACAUUAGCGUUUCGGCGAAAUAUUGUACCAGGGAACUAAGAGAGACUAACUUACCAUUCACGGACCACUAUCUUCCAAAGACUUUAGACCCACUCUGGUAGAAACUCGUACGGCCUUGAUGGAUAUUUCAAUCCCCUACCAUUUUAGGAGAUUUUGGCGAACAUUCGAAAUGGCAGCGGAACAUCAUCCAUGCGUCGAUGAGAAACCUGUACGCAAACACAAUGAAAAUGUAUCGAGAUACCAGCGAGAAGUCCUAAAAUGUCCUUUUAUGAUCGCGGAGGGUGCUUGUAGUACAACUUUGGAUCCUUUGUACUCUAACCUUUGUAGAACGAAAUUUGUGGAAGACCCUUUCUACCGGUCGCUUGUAAUAUAUUACGGAACUUUUCUACUGACUUACAAUGUCAUCGCAUCAUUUCAUUGGAAUCGAUUUGUACAAGUAUUUGUCAAUCAUCAAAAUUCGGCCUGCACGAAUUAUUUUGUUGUUACACUUGAGUGACUUUUUGUGAAAGGAUAAUUUGGAGAAAAUCGAGUUCUAUUCCAUGACACAAAAAGGUUGAACUUUACAAACAGCUUUUCAAACAUUGCCUGAUAUACCUUUUUCCACCAAAGAACCUCUAGGUAGCGAAUCUCCUUCUUGGAUUUAGUUGUUUGGAAGUGGCGCACAAUGUUAAAAAAAAGCUGUAGUAGUUAAUUUUGAAACUAGUCUCUGUCGCACACUUUUUGAGAAUAUAAAAUCAGUUUUGUGCGGCUACGAUAGUAGUGAGUUACUGAAAUAGUCUCGUUGUUGGUUCCAUACCGCACGCCGAAUAGCGGAAAUUGUGUAGAAAGAAAAUCCUACCCCCACAAACAUUAGUGGACAUGGCCAAACUUGCGCUGAGAUUUUCAUUCCCAUGCAAAAACGCAAAGAAAUGAACAAAAAUCCUUGAUAAUCAACCCACUGGAAAGCAACAAUCAAUAGAAAAACACACAAGAAACAAUCGUGAACACCCUUCAGCCAAUGAAGACACCAAAGCAAUAAGUUUAGUGCAUACACACCAGGAACCAAAAAGGGUCCUCAUUUUUUCCGACAGUUAGCAACGGAUGGAAACGAUAUUAUUUAAAUAACUCUUAACAUUUCACGAGUGUACGCAGAAUGCCAAAGAGUUUUCACCGAGUUUUUUUGGUUUUAUAAUUUGCACCAACGCACAACUAAUGGUAAAAGACCCAUGCUCUUCGUUGAGUUUGCCCGUGCAUACUUUCAUGGAGCGAAAGCGUGAAAUUGAUAACACAUAAGACAUAGUAGAUAGGUAAAUAAAUGGAGCCGCCGCAAGGAGUUUGAUUAAAACUAAAAUGUGCCACCACUUGAACGAACCCAGUAGUAGUGCAAGGAUAACGGCCACCGGAACCGUUUGGAAUCAAACUAUGUUGGUAGGUUGUUUAAAUUAGAGAUUUAAAGAGAGAUUCAGCACUAAUGUGAGAAUGUCUUCUUUAUUUAUGUUGUUUUCGGUGUAACUUUGUGUAAAAUAAAGUCGUUGUUAAGU